CAGACAGAGACACCAAUGGAGACGCACAUCAGACAACAACUUGUCAUUGAAGUUAGAAUCAUACAGCAGAUAUUACAAUUAGGAGUCUGUUAGAAAGGUAUUCAUACAGUAGAAGUAAGUUAAUACUAUAAGUAAAAGUAAAAAUCAUAUAUAUUACAAUAAAAGGUCAGACAGUCUGAAUUAGUUGAUGAAUUGAUUGAUUGGGGUCAUCAUUGAUUUUCGGUACGGUUAGUUAAGAUGGCCGACUACGUCAACAAACAGGUGAUUGAAUUAAAAGAAGUUAAUGAAGAAAACCGGAACAGAGCAACGAGGAGCGUGAAGACUGAGACCCAUCUCUCAGAUAGAAGACUAAUGCUCUACAGGCUGGCUGCUGGGUGUUUAGGAGUGCUGUGUGUUCUACAAGUCACUCUCAACAUCUCCCUGAGACUGGCUUUCUAUAACAGAGGCAAUGUGACUGAAGAGAGAGACCAGCUACAAACCAGUUACAACACACUGACUGAAGAGAGAGACCAGCUACAGACCAGUUACAACAUACUGACUGAAGAGAGAGACCAGCAACAGACCAGUUACAACACCCUGACUAAAGAGAGAGACCAGCUAAAACUCAUUUACAACAUUCUGACUAAAAAGGGAGAACAGCUACAGACCACUUACAACACCCUGACUAUAGAGAGAGACCAGCUACAGAAGGAAAGAGAUGAUCUCAUGAGAAAGUUUUCUAUUCUGAAACAAACCUGUCCUGAAGGCUGGCAGAAGUUUGAAUCCAGUUGGUACUUCCUGUCUACAGUGAAAAAACCCUGGAGGGAGAGUAGACAGGACUGUCUGAAGAGAGGAGCAGACCUGGUGAUCGUAAACAGUGAUAAGGAACAGGAGUUUCUCUUCAGCUUCAAUAAGAGAGCCUGGAUUGGUCUGACUGACUCUGUUACUGAGGGGGCCUGGAAAUGGGUGGACGGCACCCCACUGACCACCCCAAGUUACUGGUACUUACAGCAGCCUGAUAAUGGUGGUGACAACCCAGCAAAUCGUAAGGAGGACUGUGUUGAGCUGAACACGGAAACAUGGCGUCCUGUAAAGGCAUGGAAUGACCUGUCAUGUUUACUCAAUCGUUACUGGAUUUGUGAGAAAAGGGUUUAAAAUCACCAUGACAACAGAGGAGGCUGGUGGGAGGACGCGCACACACACAGCACCUUACAGUGCACACAACUUCAUUUCUCUCUCUAAGACACACCAACACACUGCUGGUACUGCACUGAGGGGCUAAACAACCUGAUAAUGGUGGAGUACCAAGAUAUAACUAGGACUGUGCUGAUGGUAAUAUUGGGUAUUCUGAACCUGUAUAUAAAUAUUAUGACAUAGCAUUUACCUCUCAACAUAACUGGAUUUGUGAAGAGUUAUACAGUAGCUCAUUAUAUAAUAGUGCUACAGUGCUAAUGCAUCUCUCUCUAGUUAAACAGUGUGUAGACAUACUGUCAUCUGUACAAUGCUUGUAUUCAUUGUUUAAAUAGAAACAUAUUAUGUGAUUUGCCAUAAUGUGAUUUUUUUCAUAAUCAAUUAUUAACAUGAAUGACUUUAGUAAGAAGAUGAACUCAGGCUCAGAUUAAGUAAGAAAGGAAACUAUCAGGUUUACCAGCUUCCUGAUUGAAUGUGAUUGGAUUGUUAAAACAAUGUGACUUGCAGUUGGACACAGACAGAAGGCAGAACAGUGCUGAGAGGAUACCUGCUGCACGCAGGCAAACACAAACACACACACAGACACACACAGAGACACAAACACAGACAGACACACAGACAAACACAUAGACACACGUGUGAAGUUCCCCAUUUCUGAUAAAGAUGCAGACAGAAAACCCACACACACCUCUGAAUAACCCGUCACACUAACGUCACACACAGACAGCAUAGAUAGAAGAAAAGUGUCCCUAUUGGUGGCAUAGAGAGAGAUAGAGUCAUAAUGUAAACUCCAUUUGAAGGCUGGAGAAGCCACAAACAGAACAGUCAAAGUGAUAGGAUGAAAGGCUGCACUCUUCACUACUUGUUUUCAUGCAGCUAUCAUGUUAUAUCACUAUGUUUAGAAUAUCCUGUCAUGUAUAACUUCCUGAUUGAAGGUGAUUGGAUACUUUAAAAACUGUAGUCGACAACAGACAGAGAUCCGAGAGGUAACUGGUUGAGAUGCACAUCAGAGCAACUACUCAACUACUAGUCACUGAAGUUAGAAUCAUACAGUAGAUAUUACCAUUAGUGGUCAGAUAGAAAGGUUAUCAUACAGUAGAUAUUACAGUUAGGAGUCAGUUA